AUCAACAACCCAAACAAAUCCGCAAAACGUGCCACAUCUAUUUGUAAAUACACCUCACAGUCGCGUAUAGUAUACAUGUCUUGGACUAAAUAUGUCACUCGUACAAUGUAAAUACAAAAACACAAAUCAGUGGUUUGUCGUAGGAUUUUCAUAUAUGAAGUUUCGCAGAUGAUAAGUUGAUGAGUCCUAGACUACUAUAUAUAGGCAUAUACACAUUACUGUCCUAGCUGUCAUUUGUUGUUUUUCUUCUUGAUGUGGUGGCAGUGCCAUUAAACAACAGGACACAAUGUCAAGCAAAUUAAAAGACAGUAUUCUGAAAGGAUGUUUGGAUCAUCUUCCCACCUUAAACUCAAGAGUAGUCAGGAUAUUUAUCUGUUCUACAUUUACAGAUACAAGAGAAGAAAGAAAUAUUCUGAUUGAAGAAGUUUAUCCAAAACUACAGUCUUACUGUAAGCAGAACUAUGGAUUAGAAUUUCAGGUGGUAGACAUGAGGUGGGGGGUCCCUGAGGAAGCCUCUGAUGAUCAUUCCACAUCCUCACUCUGUCUGGCUGAGGUCCUCAACUGCCAAAAGUUGUCUACUGGACCAAAUUUUGUGACAUUUUUGAACCAGCGGCAUGGAUACAGAGCCCUUCAGCAAACUAUUCCACAAAAAGAAUUUAACCAGAUGAUGGAGAUGCUGAGAUCAUUGGGGGAGGAUCUAUCAGUAUUUGAUGCCUGGUACAAAGAAGACAUCAAUGCUGUUCCCCCAGUUUUUGUCCUUCAGCAAAUAAGCAGUAUCAUACCCAGUUACAAAUCAAAGGAUGCAGAUGCAAUUAAGAAGUGGGAGAAGAUUGCCGAGGAAAUGCGAUCCAAAUUAAAACUAGCCAGUCAAAAGUGUUUUGAUGAAGGGAAAAUGACUGAAGAAGAAAAACACAAGUAUUUUAUGUCAGUGACAGAGGAGGAAAUUGAACAGGGUAUUUUAAAAUCUCCAGGAAAUCCAUUGGACCAUUGUUUAUGUUUUGUCCGGAUAAUUGAGGAUAUCCAUAACAAUCUUGGUCAUUCAAAGGUUUGGCGAUACAUUGACAUGACAGGCAAUGAAAUUAACCAGGAAUCACAGACACUACUGAACCAGCUCAGGGAGAACCGAAUUCCCAAAAUCAUCAGUAAAGAUAAAAUACAAACGUCUCUGGUGAAGUGGAGUGACAAAGAAGGAAUUAACAGGGAGGAUCACAAGAGUUACUUAGAGCGCUUUGCUAAGCAGUUCUACGAAGGAGUCAGAAGUCUGCUGGAUAAAUCCGUCUCCCUGGAGACUGAGCUCUCUAAGGAUAAUCUAUACAUAGAGACAUUACAACAUCUCACUAUGGCUAAAGAGCGAUGUUCCAUGUUUCAUGGUAGACAAGAUAUUUUGGAAAAAAUUGCUUCCUACUUGAGGGAGGGAGAACCUGAGCCCUUCACCAUCUAUGGCCCAUCGGGGAGUGGCAAAACCUCCAUCAUGGCAGAGGCUGCAAGAAAGGUGCCCUUUGUGUACCACAAAGACGCAGUGGUGAUUCUGCGGUUCCUGGGUACAUCACCUGACAGCAGCAACCUUCGCAGACUGCUUCGAAGCAUUUGCAGCCAAAUCUUGUACAACACAGUUGGAAAGGCUGAUGAUAUUCCAGAAGAGUUCGAUGAGUUAGUCAUUCUGUUUCAAGGUCUUUUAGAGGAGUACAAGUCAAAGAAACCUCUGGUCAUUAUCCUGGACUCACUCGACCAGCUCAACCAAGACCAUUCAUCCUACAAACUAAGAUGGCUGCCUAGAAAAUUGAAACCCAAUGUACGGAUUUUAUUGUCUACCUACAUUGAGACUUUAGAGAUUGUGACAAAUUUGAAAGCAUUUUUUAGCCCUAAAAGUUUCAUUGUUGUACCCAAUUUAGGAGAGGAACUGGGUUUUCAGAUUUUGAAGGUCUGGUUAGAAGGAAGUAACAGAACCUUGACUUCUGAACAAUUUGACAUAGUUCAGAAAGCUUUCCAUGCCUGCAGCCUUCCUCUGUAUGUAAAACUGGUUUUUGAAAAUAUCCUCAUGUGGAGAUCAUACACCCCAGUAGAUAGAUGUGUCCUGCAAACCACGCUGCAAGAAAGUAUCUCCACAUUGCUUGGGCAACUGGAGAAUAAGCAUGGGAAGAUGUUUGUGGAGCGAUCUUUUGCAUACCUCACUGCCUCUGCAUCAGGUCUCAGUGAACUGGAAUUUGAAGAUGUGAUGUCAAUUGAUGAUUCCCUUCUGACAGAAGUCUUCAAAUUCCAGCUGCCACCAGUGCGGAGAAUUCCCUCCCUAUUGUGGGUGAGGUUGAAGUAUGAUGUACAAAAAUACAUUGUAGAUAAAGAAAUAGAUGAGACUCGUGUAACAUUCUGGUACCACCGGCAGUUCAUUGAAGCUAGCCAGGAACGCUAUCUUAAAGAUGAAAAAUUUGCAGCAGAAAUUCAUUCAAAUCUUGCUGAUUAUUUUCUUGGAAAAUGGUUCAAUGUUUCUAAACCAUUUAGGUAUACACCAGAACAAGCAAAGAAGUAUGGAAUGUCCACACUGGACUCCUCAGCAGACAGGAAAGUUGCUGAGCAACCAAUAAAAUUCAUUUACAGAGAUAAAGAUGGGAAUCCUCAGAUCAGAUUUAACAAAAGAAAGCUGAACAAGUUGCCAUACCAUUUAGCACAGGCAAAUAGAGAGGAUGAGCUCAAUUCUGUUUGUCUGUACAACUUUCAUUUUAUUAUUGCUAAGAUCAAAGCUACAUCUGUAAUACAGGUUAUCAGUGAUUUUUAUUACACAAAAAAGGGAAAAUCCAGCAAGCCUGGUGUCUUAGAGAAAGUUCUAAAGUCUUGUCAGACCACACUCCAACAAUACCCAGAUUCCUUGGCAUUUGAGAUUUGUGGACAUAUGUUGUCUUAUCUGACGGACAAGAAACCUAGUUCAGAGAAAACCCUGGUGUCAGAGUGUCUAAAGGUGUCAGAUGAGACGAAGAAACCUACCCCUUACAUAACAUGCUACAGUGUUCCCAGUGAAGCUUUGCUGUAUAAGCUUCAAAAUCAUAAGCUGCCUUAUGGGUGUAUGAAUGUAGCAACUUCCAAGGAUGGGAAGCAUCUUGUAGCUCUGGCAGAAAAUAAUUUGGUGUUUUUCUGGGAUUUGACUGUUGGAGAACUGGAAUGUGAAUUUCAAGCUCUAAACCCAGAGGAUAGCAAGCUGAAUAUUUUGGGCUCUGAAAGUAGUAAAGAUUUGGUGUACUUUUCAUCAACCUAUCAAAAAACGAUGCAUCCUUUCAUCAUUGUGAACAUUGUGACAUCAGAGAUUAAGAGAUCAUUGAAUCUUGGGAAGAGUUACCCUGCAGUAGGAAUGGCAGAUUCUCUUAAACAUGGAUUGACAGAACAAAGGAUAUUUUGCCUACACAAAGGACAUUCUGCUGAUGUUUUCAGCAUGGAGACUGGUCAACAUGAACACAGUUUUAGUAUUUCUGCAGAUGACAUGGUCAUAUCCCCAGACAAAAAGCUGGCAGUAUUUCAUCUGAAGUCAACAACAACUUACACCAUGUACAGUGUAACCAGUUUGUCCGAGCUUCACCGCUUUGAUGUGGAUGGUCCCUCUCUGUCACUGAUCUUUUCUCCCACGACCCAUGAAGCAUUUGUUUUAUUGAAAGAAUCUGGCCAAGUCCACAUGGUAAACACUAACAAAGACGAUGGAGCUGUUGGGCAGGUUCUGAGCAAAAUCAGUGCAUCCGACGGACAAACUAUCCAAGAGGCAAAAAUGUCCACCAGCGGUAAUUACCUGAUCUUGAGGACAGAAGAGGGAUUCUUGUUAUGGAAUUACAAGUCAAACAAAGUUUUUAAACAGUUUAAAAUUCCAAACUAUAUCAAACCUGAGCACCGGGUGUUGGACAUGUUUAGCAGUCUACAGAUGGAUGACAAGACUUUUGUUGUGGGGUAUGAAGGUUAUCUUGUAGUAUGGGAUGUGGCUAAAGGAAUUCUCAAAGCAUGCUUAGAAGCCAGCAAGUCAAAAAUUAAUUUCUUAGACAUCAACAAUGCUAGAAAUCUGGCAAUUACUACAUCUAAAAGAAACAAUGCUAUUCAGAUUUGGAAUUUGGGAGCCAUGGAAAAAACAGAUUCCAAAUUUCAGCCACUGAUGAUGAAGACAAGUCCAAGGUACUUUGAUGUUUCCAAGACUGGUGAAACAGCAGUUGUAAGAGGAACUGUAGCCAAUGAUGUGGUGGUCUUGGACUUGAUAAAUGGAAGGAUUAAGGUUACCAUAUCGGAGGCCUAUGAGACGAUGCGACCAGUAAUAUCACCAGACGGAGCUUAUGCUGUGCUACGAGAAUAUGAUGGACAGAAUGUUAUUAAGAUUUGGAGUACAGAGACUGGAAAGUUGCUAAAUUCACUUCCACUGAGCAGUCUGAUGGUUAAACACUACAAAUGUUCAAAUUCUAGAGUAUUAGUCAAAAGUGAUACAGAGGGAGGCAGUAACUUUAGUUUUUGGAACAUCAAAACAGGGGAAAACCUGCACCACUUUCAUUUUAAUCAUUUAAAUAUAGGGGAAGUUAUUCUGGAAAUGACACAUUUGGAUGAUGAAAUUUUGAUUUCCAAAAACCAGAAAGGUGAUGAUGUCGGCAAUUGUGAUCUUUUGUUGGUGAAUAUACGAUCAGGUGAGGAGCUUUACUCAUUGGCUGGCAUUAAUCCUGCUAGAAUACAGCCCAUUGGAGAGAGCGGGUACUUGUUUUUAGCAGAACAAACAGAAGAUCAAGAACAUUACCUUGUCAUCAUCAACACAAAAGCAAGAAAAAUCACCAAACGAGAGAAAACAAGCCCCAUGCCUAAUUCUUUUAUUAGCUUGGACAAAGAUGGGAAUUACGGAAUUGACAGGGUACUGAAUUUGUAUGAUUUGAAUUCCUUGAAACAUGUACAUCAGUUUGAUGCUGAAGAGAGUGAAGUAAUGCUGAGAAAUAUCAAAAUCAGAGCCACAGCCCCUAAAAUGAUGCCAAAUGGUGAAUUCGCUGUGUGGCUGAAUAUUCGUGAAGGUUUAGUGAAAGUGGGAAAUGUUAAAGAGAAAGUUGUGCAGAGUGUGUUUCCAGUGCAUAGCAUUCCCAUUAGUGUGAGCGUGUCCACCAGGGGGCUGAUCAUUGUCGGGUGUGAAGAUGGGAGGAUUAUGUUACUGCAGGUGCCGGAUUAUUCUAUGGACACUAAGGACAGACUUGCUCUGUUAGCAAACAAUAUUACAGACAGAUUGGUAAAUUUCUCUAAAGAUGUUUACAAAAAUUCCGGACUUAACAAAACCAUCAAAAGACAAAACAAGGAUUCCAAAGUUUGUACCAUUACCUAGUAGGAGAUUCAUUUUGUGGAAGGGCCUUUUUCCAUUUUCAACACAUUGAAUACUAUGUAGAAAAAUAAUCUUACAUUAACUCUGUUUGAAAUUGUUGGGAUCUUGGGUAUCUGUCUUUCAUCAAACUGAGUGUAAAACAGAUUUAUGAUUCAACAUUUAUGAAUUUAUUUAGUGUAAAUUUCAUCAGAGUGAAUAUAACAUGAAAUCCACAUCAUCAACUACUCACAUAUCUAUCCACACUGCGAUUCCAUGGAACUGAUAACUGAUGCACAAUGACUAUGAAAGAAUCACCAGUUUUGUUGACUGUUGAUAUGAAGAAAAAAUGUUUAAUUAUCAAAUUGGUAUUCAUUGUUCAGACAGCUUCUAUAGUAAAAUCUUUGGUAUCUGAGACUAGAUUAUUAAAGAGGAGGAAUAUGGAAAUACCCCUUGUCUAACUAUUUAUAAAAAUGUAUGUAUUUUCAAAAUAACUUCCAUUUUACAAGUACCCAUUAUAAGUGUCUACAAGGUACAGUAAAACACGGUUAUAGCGAACACGCUUAUAAUGAAUUGACACAGCGAAGUGAUUUUCAUUCCCCAUGACUUUAUUACAUGUUGUAAACUUGACGGAUAUAACGAAUUUCGCUUAUAACGAAAUAAAAUUGCCCAUCCCUUGGACUUCAUUAUAAGUGUGUUUUACUGUACAUGCAUGUAAAUGAUGACAAAUAAACCAGAGGUACCACCUGGUUAGUUGUAGAGAAUAUAUGGAAAUUAAUGAGUAAUAUUGUCACUAGAAUAAGGACAAUGAUUUUUAUGAAUCAUAAAAUCACACAAAUUUUGAUGAGUACUGUAUUUCAGACCUCUUGCAUAUGUAUUAUAUAACAAAUUUUUGAAAAAUAUGUUCUUUGAUUAUUUAUAUAACUUGGUAACUAAACAAAUACGAUAUUAAUAAAAAUCAUACCUAUCUCUAGAUUUCAUAAGAUUUCUAUGUAAUAUAUAAAAUGAUUUAUUGAUGUCUGUGACAAAUAUUUUUUUGAUUUUUUGAUACUCAUGCACAUUGGAAACAUGUACGGUACCUCUUGAGUGCACGUGAAUGAGCGAAUAUGUUCAUGUGGUGUAUUUGUUACAAAGAAUUAUUAUAAAUACCAUGUUGUGUACUCAGAACUUUUCUGUCCAAAUUUUCUGUUUCCACCCCUUGUGCUUAAUAUUUUAUAAUUAUAUAGUUUACAACUUCAUGCCCAAAGUGCAUUCAUCCACUAUAGAAUAAAAAAGGACAGUUUUUCUGUUUUGAAAUGUUCAGCUGGUUGCUUAAUUUAGCUAGUUUUAAUACACAGCAAAAAAUACCAGGGUUCUUGCAUUGCAAACUACAUGAAAAAAUAUAUAAGUACCCAGAUGAUAAUGUUGAUAAGUAGUGCAAGUUAGGAGUCCUUAGAAUUUCUGAAUUGGUAAAAGAUGUCAGAUUUUACUGUUUAAUUUAGACCCUAGGAAUAAAUAUUCCUGUAUAGGUGAAUAAAAUUUCUAGUCAGGCUUAACAUGCUCAACAGGGGAAGGCGUAAAAGAGGAAAUUUCAUGAAUUUUGGUAAUUUAUAGAUCUUUUUUUUUCACUGAUAUAUUUUAAGUACUUAUUAAAUGAAUCUACGAAAAAGGGAUGGAAAUAGUAACCUUGGAUAUCUGUAAUAGAGUGAUAUUUACUUAGUAAAUUCAUCUUCUAAAUUGUAUAACAUUUAACCAAACUGCUUACCAUGCAGUUUUUUUGCACUCACAUAUUUAUAUUUAUGGUUGAUUGAUAUUUUAUUUACAUUUUUUGUACUUAUUAAAAAGUGAUUCACAGCAACAAAUCAUUUUCGAUCACAAAUUUAGUAACUAGUCAUUUAUACACAAAGUUUAUAUACAUGUAUUCAUUUACAUCAUAGGAACCCAUAAUUUUGUGAUAAAACAUUUUUAAUUAAAAGAAUACCUAUUUAAAUAUAUAAAGACUAAUGAAUAUAUACAUACAAAUAAGUUUUAGUUGCAUGUAGAUUUGCUAAUAAUGCUACUCUAGCUGCAAUGUUUCACUAACUGCAAGCCGUUAUAUCUGUGAUAAAUUUUAUAUUGUUAAUACUGUUUGUAUAUCUGUUGGUACUCAUUUUUGACAGCAACUCUAUAGUUAAUAUCUUACCAUAUUUCUGUAUUAUUCUAUUUAUUUAAUAUUUUUCUCUCGUCUGGUCUAAGCUACUGAUCA